AUGAGUGAAUCACAAGCCAGACAGAAUUUCACCAAGGAAUGUGAAGAAGCGCUGAACAAACAGAUCAACAUGGAAUUGCAGGCUGCAUACGAAUACAUGGCUUUCUCCACCUACUUCGAUCGAGAUGAUGUCGCCCUCCCCAAUGCAGCUGAAUUCUUCCGAAACGCGUCACUCGAGGAACGUGAGCACGCUGAGAAAUUGGCCAAGUAUGUGGUUAAGCGUGGUGGUCGUGUUGACUACAGUGACAUCAAGGCUCCAUGUAAGACGGAGUUCACGGGUGUGGAGGAUGCGAUGAACACAGCUCUUGCAAUGGAGAAGGCAGUGAAUGAGGUGAGUGAAUCACUCCGCGAUACUCUUGAUGAUGUUGAUGUUGUUGAUUUGUUUUUGGUUUAUUUUUUUUUUUUUGGUGGUGGUGGUCAUUUUGUUGAUCCAUCCACUUGA